GGUCAAAGCGAGCGUUGAUUGGCCAAGACUCGUGACACGGUGCGGCGGUGAUUGGUUGCUUGGCACGUGUUAUCCCGUCCCUUUAGGCCUCACUGCAAGACUCGCUAGAUGCCUUGAUUUCCAACACUCUUUUGGCGAUGAAGAAAAUGUAGCGGUUGGGUGUUACUUAGCCCCUCUGGUCAAUGACAGCAUUACCUCACUGCAGACGAACUUAGGGAUGAAAAAUGAAGGCUAGAAGGGAAAAAACAGCCUCUUGAAGCAACUAGGUAACUCCUGUCAGCGGCAAGACGCCCGAAAACAGCAAGUGGGCACCCGGUCUUCAGUCAUCCCCGCGCCCCUGUUGGGAGAGGUCGUCUGAGCGGCGGCGUGGAGGUAGAUAGCGUGGUGCUCCUCUCCUCGUGUGCUGACCGUCUGCCCUCAGGUGCUUCCUCCUCCCAGGGCAGCGAGUGAGUCAUGGGUGUACUGAAGGGAAAGUACGCCAGGUGUCCCCUCAAGAAGCGUCCCCUCUCCCUGGACUAUGAAGAACCAGCGGAGGGAGGCGUGGACGAGCAGACGGAGCCCGAGGACCUCAGCAUCAGGUGCGGGAACGAGGCGCCUCCCACUCCCCUUCCUCAGUCUCCCCACACGCGCGUGCAGAACACACGCUCACCAGACAAGCUUCAGCAGAGUGCAGGCACUGACGCGCGGGAUGGACGCUGCCCUGGACAGGGUAGAAGCGUCAGGAUGGAGGCCACGUGCUCGGUGGACCUCGUCACUCAGGCGCCUCAAGACACGCGGCAAGAAGGAAACGCGUCUGUCAGACGGUCAACGCCGCCGCCCUCCACUCCUGCUCCCCCUGAUUCUCACUGCAUGGCCAAACUGGCAUCACCAGGGCCGGGUGCUGAGUCCCAGCACGUGCGCGCUAUGCAGGCCUUGGCCACCCGCCUUGACGUUCGACCUUCUGCCACACCUGUCAGCAGUGGCGAUGGUCACCUGGACACCACGAAGCCCGGGGAGUACAGUCCCCACAGUGACCCGAGAGACACCGUCAGGCUACAGCAACUCUCUCCCAGUUCCGGGUUGGCGUCCCGUGCACCACUCGUCCCUGGAUGGGACACCUCGCGCAUCGACGGGGGAGGUUUCGGCCAAGCCGUUGGGCCAGCAGGACCCUUGGGGACACGUCCACAAGGAUUUCCUGAGGUCACAGAGGCAAAUCGAGCUCCAGAGCACAACCUCUCCCCAGUAAGCGCGUCACGCCCACACAGACCGUGGCUGACCGACGAUCCACCGCGGCAAAAUGUUCUGCGGGCUUUUCCCAGCGUGCCCACCCUCCCGCCCCCUGAGCGGCAGCGACACCUCAUUGCUGCAUCCAAUCUGUGGAACGGGAUGGUGCCCCUGACCUGGCCGCUACCCCAUAUGCUGCCGCCCAACCCGCCGCCCUUGCCGGGCCGACAGUCCAGGGAAUGCGGCUCGCCGGGGUCAGAGUCAGCGUCUAGUGAAGGCAGCAGCGGCGGGGGUCGCGGGGACGCGCGGUACUCGUGCACUGACUGCGGCAAGUCGUACUCCACCUACUCCGGCCUCAGCAAGCACAAACAGUUCCACUGCGCCGCCCUCGGGGCAAAGUCGUUCGCGUGCAAGCACUGCGAGAAGGUGUACACGAGCCUGGGCGCCCUCAAGAUGCACAUCCGCACGCACACGCUGCCCUGCAAGUGUCAGCUGUGCGGCAAGGCUUUCUCACGCCCCUGGUUGCUGCAGGGACACAUCAGGACCCACACGGGGGAGAAGCCCUUCCAGUGCCCGCAGUGUGACCGCUGCUUCGCGGACCGCAGCAACCUGCGGGCCCACCUCCAGACCCACGCUGACGUCAAGAAGUACGCGUGCGGCACCUGCCACAAGACCUUCUCCAGGAUGUCGCUGCUCAACAAGCACACCGAGGCUGCCUGCCCCGCUAUGCACAGGCCGAGCCACCCGUGACGCCCCAAGCCAAAUCUGCCGCAGCCGGUGACGCUACUUCCUGACACGCGGAGUCGCCGCCAUGUCACUUAAUAUAGAUUUAAGACAGAAAUAUUUUCUUACGUCUGGGAGCGAUGAUUCUCUCUUAAAACUCUAGUCCUUUAGUGUAAUUUUUUUACAGUUUUGUUAAAUAAAUGAAUAAAUAAAUUAUUUUGUAAUA